UUAGAUUGAAAAUCCAGCUGAAAGAUUUAAAUAAUGAGAUAUUUUGACAGGAAGAAAUUAAGAGAUAGGGGACUCCAAUAAAUGGUCUUGAAAAGGGAAAACUAAGCCACGAGGCUGGGGUGGGUUCUAGACACCUAUCUGACCUCUCCCGACAUUCGUGCUAUCUCUCUCACUCUCUCUUGCAUUUCUAUAUAUUUCAUCUUUCAACAACACUUCAUCUCCUCUUUAUGAUCUCAACUUUUACCAAACUUAACCCUUUUCACUUUUGAUCUACUCUACACCUUAAGGCCUUCAUUUCUCCCUCCCAUACAAAUAAUAUCUUUUUUCUUUCAUAAACUUUAAUAAUAAGUUUCUGAUACAAUGAACAGCUUUGACCCCCAAGGACAAGAAGACUUGUUGAAACAGAUCACUGGCGCACCUUCAACUUCCUCUUCUUUGGCAGGCUUUCCUGGGCUUGAGGACGAUGAUCUUGUCGCCACCGUGGUUCCAGCUGUAACAGUUGUGCUAGAGGGUCGUUCCAUCUGCCAGCGCAUCAGCCUCCAUAACCAUGGUAGCUACCAAAGUCUGGCCAAAGCCCUACGCGAAAUGUUUGUGGAAAACGCUGGAGACAGUGAUGAUUUUGAUCUUUCCAAUGUCAUUCCUGGCUACCUUAUUGCCUAUGAAGACAUGGAGAACGAUCUUCUUCUAGUCGGUGACCUUAGCUGGAAGGAUUUUGUACGUGUGGCAAAGAGAAUUCGUAUAAUUCCAACCAAGGCUAACUCAAGAAAAGGUUCAACAGGAACAGCAUAAGCGAUGAUAACCUGCUGACUAUGGGGGAUGUUUUGAGCAUGUAUAGGAAAAAAACAUAGAAACUAAUGAAAUAGAUUGGACUACAAGUAGCAAGAAACCUGCGAUAAUGUUAGCAAGAAAUGCUGGUUACUGGCUAAUAGUCUAACUGGAAGUACAUGUAAAGUCUUUGUGUUCUUGUAGGAGUAAAAGCCCCUGUUAGCAACUCAUGGUAUCAUGGACUACAACUACUCUUCAUUCUUAGCACUUUUUUUUACAUAAGCACAAGAUUGAUAUGUGGGUUUUUUUACAAGUCAAGAUGAAUUACAAUCCAAAAUUACAUAUUAGUAUAUCUUUUUUAAAAAA